GAGAACCUGUCGUUGAGCGGGCGGUUCAAGAAGCUGUCCAGGGAAUACGGGUGGUCGGCCGUUGGCGUAUACUUUGCGCUCAGCGUCCUGGAUUUCCCGUUCUGCUUCCUGCUGGUGAGGAUCGUCGGGACGGAGAGGAUAGGUCAAGUCGAGCACUACGUCGUAUCAGCAGUCGCAAAGUUCAUUCCCGAAUCGGUUCGCACGCGAUGGCACGAAUGGCGACAGUCUCUGAAGAAGGAGGAGGAGCAACGACUGGGCAACAACGACAUUAGCGACAAGGUCGAAAUGGUCGGCUGGGGAGUCGAAAAAGCUGAGGAGCGCAACAAGGAGGAAGCCAGCCUGGCAACCCAGCUAGCCCUCGCGUACGCCAUCCACAAGAGCUUCAUCUUCGUCCGGGUGCCCCUGACCGCGGCCGUCACUCCAAAGGUGGUCAAGGUUCUCCGGGGCUGGGGCUGGAACAUUGGGAAACGA